AUGAAGGCAGUUCUAUGGCUCUGGUAUGUUUCGCUGGCAAAAGCCACCUGCACUUCCAACUAUGCCAUAUGGAUCUCGCAGGACAGGGCUAAACUAAGCGAGACGUUGGGGCAAGCUCUGCCUAAGCUGGACUAUGACGAUAUUUCAAUCCUUAAUCCUGGUGUUGAUGUCGGUAUGGCGGCUGUUCCUGGAAAGCGAUACAAGAUCCCUUACCAUGCAAAUAUGGCACUCAUUCCACCAGCUUCGUGGUCUGACAAUUGUCCAAAAACGUUGGAGCUUCAUGGUGCCAAGUCAGAAACGCUUGAAGUCUUCCAUCAGCCAUCCUCGACACCUGAAGGAGAUAGCCAUAACCCGUCUGUAUCUAAACUGGCUCAAUCACCGGUGCACACGGAAGCCUCUGGUGGCGGUCUGAUACCAAGAGCAGCGUCUGUCACGACCGCUGAAGUUUCUAAAACAGUAGGGACAUCCGUCACUAUUGAGACACGAACAAAGCCACACGCGGCGACAGGCACAGCCAGCCCUAUCUUGUGCUGGGAAGAAACCCACCCAUCGGUAGCUGACUUUGUCUCAAGUCCAACAUCCAGGCUUGAGUUUGCCAGGUCGUUCUGUGACAGACUCCAGGAUGCUACUUUUGACGCAGCGCAUCCCAUCCAACCAUUGCCCUACGGCGACACGUUGAUUGGAAUGCAGCUGUUGCCCUCCUGUCCAAACCAUUCCAUUGGGGCGAAAGACAUGGAUCCAUGCCGUCGAGUGCUUGAGAACAUCAACCAUAAAUGCCCGAAAGCGGGCGGGACAUAUAGCAACCAUUGCGUAUUGUACUACUUCGUCAAACGGUAA